GCGAGUGCUGUGUAACACUGGCUUUAGGGGUUUCCCCGUCCAGAGGCAUGAUGUGGUGGAGCAGAGGGCUUUGGUUAUUCCUUGCUGCUGCAUUUCUGUUAAGGGAUACAGAUGGGCUUGGAGUGUGGAAUAAAAAACCUGUGCCACAUUGGUCCAGUGUAGCAGCAUGGGCUUCCAUGGCUCAGCCCCAAAAAGUCAGCAACCUUCCUCAUCAGACCAAGGUGGAGGGCUCCACUUCCAGUGCUGCAUCCAUGCAAAGUAGUUCCGCGUUCCCUCUGCAAGGUCCUGAACCCAGUCGGACUCGGACUGGACAACCAAGUUGUGUUUCCAGCAGUCAAAUGGAUUCUUCAGAGGCUCAAACUACAAGUGGCUCUGCUGGGUAUUACCAGUCUGUGUUCCAAGGUGGCCAACAGUUUCCUGGUGUUGUAUCCCAACCCCAGCUGCUGGAUUCCUCUGGUAAUGUUGAAGCCCGGUAUUGGGGGCAGAGCUCCGAGAGUGUCCUAAGCACCCCCCAGAUAUCCAGUAGCCUUUUUGAGCGUGAUGCUUUACAUGGGGGGUCUUCUGGCAGCUUGGACUCUGUAUCCAGUGCUCAAGGUUUCCCCAGUCAGUACACCAGUUCAUGGCUGUACACUGCCCAAUCUGCUCCUACCCAUCAACAUCAGGGAGGCUACUGGGCUCCAUCCUCAGGCCAGUCAAUGCAUCUUCCUUCAGAGGAGCCCCAACCUCAUGUUGCUUCCCCUCCUCAACCUGAAAGCUACCAACAGCUUCCCCAUCCUUCACAAACCAGGCCAGUAAGUAAGCCUGUGUCCCAAACCCAGACUGUAGGAGGUGCAUUGGUUUCAACCUCUCAGCAAGGUAGCAAUGAAGGUCAGUACCAGAGUUCCAGCUGGUCCGCUUCUGCACCAGUUAUGAAAUCGAGACUCCCUUUUAUACCUAGCCAAAGCACAAUUGUGAGUUCUGACACGACCUCCCCUAGCCAGCAGUCAGCCAGUGACUCUGCCCAAAAAGGCUGCACCAGCUCCUAUGGGGCCCUUCCUCCUUGGCUUGCAGGCACACGGCAGACAUCUACCCUCCAGUCUGCCCAGUCCCAGAUGCAGGGUUCCAGUGUGGGUUUGGGUGUUGCCUCUACCAGCCAGCAGUCUGCCAGUGAUGCUCCACUAAAAACUGAUGGACCUCUGUCAGGCACAGGGCAGACCCAAAUGCAGAUCAUGAGUUCUAGCUCAACCUCCAUCAACCAGCAGUCAGCCAGUGAUGCUGCACAAAAAGGCUGCACCAGCUCCAAUGGGGCCCUUCCUCCUUGGCUUGCAAGCACAUGGCAGACAUCUUCUGCCCAGUCCCAGAUGCAGCCUUCCAGUGGGGGUUCUGGUGUGAGCUCAACCAGCCAGCAGUCUGCCAGUGAUGCUCCACUAAAACCUGAUGGACCUCUGUCAGCCCAAGGUGCAGGGACAGGGCAGACCCAAAUGCAGAGCCCAAGUGCUGGCUUGACCUCUACCAGCCAGCAGUCUUCCGGUGAUGUUCCCCAAAUGAGCAGUGCUUAUUAUGGGUCUCUGGAUCCCCAGGGUGCAGGUACAUGGCAGCCUUCAGCACAGACUGCCCAGUCCCAGAUGCAGGGUUCCAGUGUGGGUUUGGGUGUUGCCUGUACCAGCCAGCAGUCUGCCAGUGAUGCUCCACUAAAACCUGAUGGACCUCUGUCAGCCCAAGGUGCAGGCACAGGGCAGACCCAAAUGCAGAGCCCAAGUUCUGGCUUGACCUCUACCAGCCAGCAGUCUUCCGGUGAUGUUCCCCAAACCAGCAGUGCUUAUUAUGGGUCUCUGGAUCCCCAGGGUGCAGGUACAUGGCAGCCUUCAGCACAGACUGCCCAGUCCCAGAUGCAGGGUUCCAGUGUGGGUUUGGGUGUUGCCUGUACCAGCCAGCAGUCUGCCAGUGAUGCUCCACUAAAACCUGAUGGACCUCUGUCAGCCCAAGGUGCAGGCACAGGGCAGACCCAAAUGCAGAGCCCAAGUUCUGGCUUGACCUCGAAGAGCUAUAGCUUCACUCUGGACUUUCCUGUUCAUUCCUUCUAAUUGCCCAACGAAGGCUCUAUCUAAUGCUGCCUUGCUGAAACUGUUAUUGAUCCUUUUCCAAAUGGUUGUCCUGUCGUCUUUAAUAAAACGUAUCGUCAACGUUG